GAUAACUUGAAAUGGUUAAUUUCUGAAACAGCCAUCAGUUUACUUGAGAGUGUAAAGAUUGGACUGUGCCUAAAAUUAGAAUCAGCAGGUUGUCAAAGCGUGAUUCAGGGACCAUGAGACAUCGUUUUCACACAUUGGUCAGACCUGAACCCCACUGAAAAUCUUUGGGAUGUGAUGAAGAAGACUUUAUACAGUGGCCCAACUCUCCAUCAUCAAUGUGAGAUCUUGGUUAAAAAUUGAUGCAACUUUUGAUGGAAAGAACUAGGUACUGUGACAUUUCCUGGGACAGUGCAUAAGCAAUAUGAUGACACACCAAAUGUGUGUUGUGAUAAAGGCUAAAGGCGGUCCAAUGAAAUAUUGUUUUGUGAUUUUAUUUGCAGCUAAGUAGUGAAUAUUACAACCAGUGUUUCCAUGAAUGUUUGUGUUCAAAUCAGAGAAAUAAUUUUUUCCAUCUGUAUACUAUUUUGCAACAGUUAUUCAGCAGGAAGCUAACUUAUUGAUAAAUGACGGUUCCAGUCUGCCUCAUAGUAAUGUGCAAUCAGUGACUAAUGUAAGCCAAGUUCACGUUCAUGGGAACAUGAUGUUAACGUCUAAUUUACCAUAAGAUAAGCUGACUCAUCCAAUGUUAACUUUAUAUUUAACAUUUUGUUAUCCAACACUUUUUGUAUUUGAUUCUCAGAUUAAAUAUGCAACAUUCUUCUUCGUUUGCUGUAACAGUUUUAAUUCAGGUAGAGAAUUAGUGGCGGCUACGUGUGACAAUCAAAGCAUAAAUAAUCUGUCGUAUGUUGUGCCUACGUGGUCAGCAGAAUGAGCAGGAUGGUGAUUGGUGAUCAAUGUUUGACAAUUAGAGGUGAUCAGAUCAUGCCGGCUCAUUAGCACGGUUUGUUUUACUAAGUGCUGUAAAGUAUUUCCGAGUGAGAUCUAGUAAAUCAGAAGCAAACAGUGUUGCUUAACAUCCACACCUCACCUGUUAGAGCACUCAUGCAAAUGCACAUGCAGAAAUGGGCAUGUCCAGGCGGUGGCGAUGGAGUAUAAAGGCACUUGAGGCCCUUCAGUCUGUCUCAAACCAACAACCUUUCAGCUUCACAGCUGCUGCUCCUCCUCUUCAUCGCAGAGUCUCCUCCUCCUCCGAAUCGACAGGUACAACUCUUGUCUGACUUUACUAUUUCUGCUCCACAUCUUCAUUGCCUCUAUAACUGCCUCUGACUCCACAACUGUAAUCGUCUCACCUUCCUCUAUUACUGUUUCCAAAUGUACCUCCAUCUCCUCCUCCUUUACACCCAAACACUCUCUACAUUCCUACUAGUCUUAUUGUUCAUUUUUCCACCUCCUUUAAUAACUCCAUCUCUUCUUUAUUUACCUCUACUUUUGAUUAAUGCACAGUAUUAGCACAGUGUAUUCAAAAUGUCAAAGGUCAGAGUAGCGAUUGUGCAGUAAAAUGAUCUCAGUCAGUUGGUCAGUUUUAUAUGUGAUAUUGUAUGUGAAGUUUGAUCUACAACAAUGUGUCGUGUUCUUUUAGAUCAGCAGUUCUCAGCUGGUCUGGCUUCAGGACCCACUAUCACCCCUUAAUGACAAGACAAGACCCAAACUGAUAAAAGUUAAACUUCUCAAAUUUAUUUACUGAAAAGGCUGAAUGUUUUGAACCUUCGAUAAUACAGAAUAUCACAGUAUACCAAGAAAGAAGACAAGUUCAAUGAUUAAACAAAAUGACCAGCAGUAGGUGAUACUGAAUAUGGAAAUAUUCCCUUUAACGCUAAAUUAGUUACAUUUUAACCAAAAGUUGCAUUCAGUCAUUUAUUCAAGCAUUAAACACACUGAGGUUUCUGUCCUCAGUGUAGGUAAAACCACAUCUGAUGUAGGCGUUAUCAUUCCUCAAUUUCAUCACGAUUUGAACAGAAACCUAUGGGCCUUCUUUUACAAUGUGAAAUAUUUUGUGUUAAUUAAUAUUACAGCGCAUUACUGCUACCUACUGUUGGGGAGUAUGAACAGUGAAGGGCUCUGCUCCAUAAGAAAAUAAAGCAGAGGAUUUGUUUCUUAACAUUAUCUUAUGCCCAGACAAAGGCCCACAACCCACUGAAAACGAGUUUGAGACCUACUUAUGGGAUGCGACCCACCAGUUGAGAUUCGCUGUUUCAGAUCAUAUGUUUGUCAGGUGCUGGUAAAGUACUUGUAAUGUACAUCACUUGAGUGAACAAGGGCCUUUUUGUUUUUGUUAUUAUUAAUCAUAUACAAAUGCAUGUCUGUCUGUCUUGCAGUAUGGCAGCACUGUGGCUCCAAUCGGUCUCUCUGCUUGUUUUACUGAUUGUAUCGUGGCCGGGGUCACAGGCCAUGGCCCCCCCACAACACCUGUGUGGCUCCCACCUGGUCGACGCCCUCUAUUUGGUCUGUGGGGAGACAGGCUUCUUCUAUAACCCCAGCAGAGGAGCAAGAGACACUGACCCGCUCCUGGGUUUCUUCCCUCAAAAGGCGAGUGGAGCUGCAGCCCCCGGUGGUGACGGCGAAGUGCCUGAGUUGGCCUUCAAGGACCAGAUGGACAUGAUUGUAAAGCGAGGGAUCGUGGAACAGUGCUGCCACAAGCCCUGCAACAUCUUCGACCUGCAGAAUUACUGCAACUGAACAGCUCCCAGCAUGGCUUUGUUAAGCAGCAAAGCCUGGCUUCUUGGCUUACUUAGCCUGUAACCCCUGAACCCACCACCCCUACCCAGAAGAACAGGAGC